AUGUUGAAGAAGCAAGGAGUUGGGUUAUUCGGUGAAGUGAAGCAGAAGGGAAUAUGCAGAUUGAAUGAUGGAUGGAUGUUGAAGAAGGGAGAAGUGUUGUUAGACCUAGGAAGAAUGAAAAGAGGAGAACAAAAACACACGACGGAUUCGAAUAAUGCUGUUUUCUCCUCAUCUCACAUGAGGCAUCUGAAGAAAAAGAAAACACUUGUGAGAAUGUUGAAUGGGUUUUCUUUUCUUGUAUUGGAUUUGAAGUGGUGUUUUGUGAAAGUUAAGAACUUUGUGAGAUCUGAGAGAAAUGGAUAUGGAAAAUGUGGUAUGGUUAGAGAGAUGAAUGUUUGGUUGUGA